UUUCCCUGGGCCCUCACACACUCACUGUGCGCAUGUCAUUGCACGAGGCGAAUCGUCAGCGACUGGCGCAGAAACUGAGAGAGAACCCGGAAUGUGCCAAGGGAUUAGUGGUGCUACAAGGCGGUGGCACCGAGGACCACUUGAGGUACUCCACGGAUGCCGGGGAAGCCUUCAGGCAGGAGUCGUAUUUCCACUGGGCCUUCGGUGUGUUGGACCCGGAUUGGUACGGGGCUGUUGACGUGGAUACUGGGAAGUCGUACCUCUUCAUGCCCAAAUUGCACGAGAGUUACGCUAUUUGGGACGGAAGAAUCAAGACGCCGGAAGAAUUCAAAAAGCGUUAUGGAGUGGAUGAGGUCUACUACUUGGAGGAUAUGACGAAAGUAUAUGAAAGACUGGGAGGAGUUCACGUACGGACUUCGAACGACAUUUAUGAUUAUAUCCGGAACUGGACGAAAGAAGCCGUUUACCAAGGCUUUGGGGAGUUCAAAGUGGACAACCAACUCUUAUUCCCCGUCUUGUCCGAAGUCCGGGUGCGGAAAACCGAGGAAGAGUUGGACGUGUUGCGGUUUGCGGCCCGCGUGUCCGCUGAUGCCCAUGUCGAAGUCAUGAAGCUGGCCCGACCCGGCAUGAUGGAAUACCAAUUGGAGGCCAUUUUCAAACACUUUGUCUUCUUUUUCGGCGGGAUGCGACACGUGGCUUAUACUUGCAUCUGCGGAUCCGGUCCGAACGGAGCUGUUCUUCAUUAUGGCGGGGCUAAUGCACCGAAUGACAAAGUGGUGAACGACGGUGACAUGUGCUUGCUGGACAUGGGAGGCGAGUACUACUGCUACGUGUCCGACAUCACGUGCUCUUUCCCCGUGAACGGAAAAUUCACCGAGGACCAAAAGGCCGUCUACAACGCCGUCCUUCGUGCCAACAAGGCCGUCAUGGACAGCGUCAAGCCCGGGGUGUCCUGGGUCGACAUGCAUGUGCUGGCCAACCGAGUCAUCCUGGAAGACCUGGUUAAAGUCGGCUUGCUGAGGGGCAAAGUCGACGAUAUGAUGAAGGUGAAUUUGGGCGCGACUUUCCAGCCCCACGGCCUGGGCCAUCUCAUGGGCUGCGACGUGCACGACUGCGGAGGCUACUUGGACCACUGUCCACCCAGACCCCAAUUACCUGGUCUCCGGAGCCUGCGAACAGCCCGAACGCUAGAAUCCAACAUGGUCAUCACUAUCGAACCCGGGUGCUACUUCAUCGACACUCUGUUGGACCAGGCCAUGGCUAACCCGGAAUUGGCCAAGUUCUUCGUUCCGGAAGUGUUGCAGAGAUUUCGCGGAUUCGGAGGAGUGAGGAUUGAAGAUGAUAUCGUGGUGACCGAGACUGGGAUGGAGUUGCUGAAUGUUGGAAUCCCGAGGACUGUGGAAGGAAUUGAGGCCGUGAUGGCGGAGGGGAAGAAGCUGAAUGUUCGAAUGCCGGAGAAACUGUUGACUGGCUUCAAGAAGCCGUCUUCUAGCUGAGAAUUCAGUUAUUGUUCUCCCACCACAACAGUAAAUGGGUUCCCCCAGCAAUUAGUUGUUUUUGUUUUUUCUGCGUUGCGGCGUUUUCUUUUUGAUUUGUGUACACUACAUGUAAAAUGAGCUUCACUUUGGGACUUCCGAGGAUAUGGAUUGUAUUUUGGCGGCGAUCUUUUGCUGGGAUUACGGAUGAGGAAACAUUCACCGAAUUUCUUUGUGCAUUGAAAAUAUUGAAAUGCAUAGACAAUAUAUCGGAUUGGCUAUUCUUGAUUCAA